UUUGCUCGCAGGCGGAGCAAGCUAGUCGUGUCAGCUAGGUACGUAGACGCCUAGCUCAACAUGUGCGAGACAACUUUUUAACUUAAGACCAAACUGCAGUGUGAUGCUAGCAAACCUGGCUAGCGAUCGACUGGAAAGGGUCCUUCACUUUCGUAAGGGAUGAGUGUGUACAGCUGAAGUUAUCUCAGGUUACGGCUGAGUGUCACUGCCGCGGACAGUUACCGGUACGGGUAGCAUGGAAUGCUCUACCUUCUCUACGUACUCAUGGCUGGAUUUCGCCUUCGCGGUAAUUGGAGUUUGCACCUUCCUGUUCGAUGUGGGAUCCGAUCUGUGGGUCGCCAAGGAGUUCUACGUGGAGGGCGACUUCUUCUGGUUCGGGGUGUUGGUCUCCUUCAUGGUUCUGUCCUCCGUCGUCGUUCAGAUGUUCAGCUGGUUCUGGUAUAAAUACGACCGGGAGCUCCAGGGCUUCCAAACAGCUGGCGAAAAUGUGCUUCUGUGCAGCGAUGGACGCUGCAAGCUGUACUGUUGGCUGCAUGUUCUACAGCUUGGAUUCUUCUUCAGGCACAUCUCAGCCAUCAAGGAGGGGUUCCAGGUGUGGUGGCAACGGAAGCGCGGCUCAGAGUACGCCGUGUACAUGACCCACGACCUCAGCAUGCUGCGACUGAUCGAGACCUUCUGCGAGAGCGCCCCCCAGCUGACCCUCAUGCUCUACAUCAUGCUCCGCACCAACCGGGCGCGCACCAUGCAGUACGUGAGUGUGGCGGCCUCCACCUCCUCCGUGGCCUGGAUGGUGGUGGACUACCACCGCUCCCUGCGCUCCUUCCUACCGGACAAGGCCCAGCAGGGGUGGGGCUCUUCUGUCCUCUACUUCCUGUGGAACCUCCUGCUGAUUGCUCCACGUGUGGGCGCCGUGGCCCUGUUCGCCUCCGUCCUGCCCGCCUACAUCGCUGUCCACUUCCUGUCCCUGUGGCCGGCGCUGGUCCUGUGGGCCUGGCGGCAGGAGACGGACUUCAUGGACAGCGCCGGGGGAGAGUGGCUCUACCGGGCCACCGUGGGCCUCAUCUGGUACUUCAGCUGGUUCAACGUGACGGAGGGCCGGACCAGGGGUAGGAGCACCAUCUACCACUCCCUCAUGGUGGCCGAUGGAGCCAUCCUGCUGCUCACCUGGUGGUGGUACAGGGACCCCGAUCUGACGCAGUCCUACGCGGGGGGCCUGCUGCUGGCGCUGCCCCUGGCCUACCUCGUGGGCCUGCUUCUCAAAGGCCUGUACUACACCUGCUCCCACCCCAAGCUGUACAGCCAAAGCGGUCAGGCAGGGGAGGAUGUGCCUGAUGCCCAGGAGCCCCGUCAGUUCCACUCCCUUCAGACCGCUGUCUCAUCACCGCUGUGGAAUAAGAGGAUGGCCGGCCACGCCCAAUAUUUCUACUCCACAGGUUCACCCCAGCCUCUUGUCAGCAGGAACAGGAAUAAAUCUACCAGCGCUAUCUCUGAAAGGGAACAAACCUACCUAUAGUUGACUUCCUGUAGCUGCAUACCCCAUUUUAUUACCUUGCAUUACAUUGUUGGCAUUCAGCAGACG